UGCAUCAGAUUUUUAUAAAGUAAGACCGGGCAAAGAGUGGGUACGAGGAUCUCCAUCCGUGAACGGAAUUGAUGACGUAACCGUUUCCACGGGCGACUGAUAUGUUGGUUAAGCCAAUGGGGAUCUACAUUGGCCUUAUUGCCCCUCCCCCUGAAGUGAAUCACAUGUCCCUUGCGAUGUUGUGACAGUGUAGUGGGCGGGAUUUUUACUACAGAUCGGGAAAGAGGGGCAGUCUGUAGUGAGAUACUGAGGAGAGGGAAAGAGAGGAAGGACUCAGAGGUAAUAUUCGGAAAACGGAAUCCUCGAAUGCUGUCUUCUCUCUGAGUCUGUGUGUGAACCUCGGUCAACAUGAAAGAAUAGGGCCACGGUCUGAGGGAAAUGGCUUUUGAUCUGUCCAAGUCCUUCUACCUGGAGUCGCCUCAUUUCACCACCAUCAUCCUCUGAAGGACUUGUAGCUGUUUAUGGGAACUACUGCUGAGCUCGCUCGCUGAGGAUUUUAGCUCUCCCUUUGGGACGCCAUUUUUCACCGUAGCCGACGGAGCGCACGCAGAGGGACAUUAUGGCAAACAACUCCUACAGCGGAGUGAAGAACUCCACGGCCAACCACCAUGGGGACUUUGGCUGCUCGCUAAAGGACCUGCGGUCUCUCAUGGAACUGCGGGGGGCAGAGGCAAUAGGCAAAAUCGGGGAAAGUUAUGGGGACGUUCAAGGACUCUGCACCCGAUUGAAAACGUCACCUGUAGACGGUUUAAGUGGGCAGCCCGCAGACAUCGACAAAAGAAAAGAAGUGUUCGGGCAGAACUUAAUACCUCCGAAAAAGCCCAAAACAUUUCUUCAAUUAGUUUGGGAAGCAUUGCAAGAUGUAACACUGAUUAUCCUGGAAGUGGCAGCCAUAGUUUCAUUAGGCCUUUCUUUCUAUAGACCUCCAGAUGCCGAAAGAGAACACUGUGGGAGCGCAGCUGGAGGUGUGGAGGAUGAUGGUGAGGCAGAGGCGGGCUGGAUCGAAGGUGCCGCCAUCCUGCUGUCGGUCGUCUGCGUGGUGCUGGUGACAGCGUUCAAUGACUGGAGCAAAGAGAAGCAAUUCCGCGGCUUGCAGAGCCGCAUCGAACAAGAGCAGAAGUUUGCUGUUGUCCGCGGCGGCCAAGUCAUCCAAAUCCCUGUGGCUGAGAUUGUGGUCGGCGACGUUGCACAAAUAAAAUACGGUGAUCUCCUGCCCUCGGAUGGUAUUCUUAUUCAAGGAAAUGAUCUCAAAAUCGACGAGAGCUCCCUCACGGGGGAGUCGGACCACGUCAAGAAAACGCUGGAUAGAGACCCCAUGCUGUUGUCAGGCACCCACGUCAUGGAGGGCUCCGGCAAAAUGCUGGUCACAGCCGUGGGUGAGAACUCUCAAACUGGAAUAAUCUUCGCUUUACUGGGUGCCUCGGAGGAAGACGACGAUGACGAGGAGAAGGAGGCUAAGAAGAAGGAGAAGAAAGAGAAGAAAAAUGCAGUUGAUGUGCAGAGAAGUAAGAGCAAGCAGAGUCAGACAGAGCAAGAUGGAGCAGCUGAAAACCGCAAGAAAGCUAAAGCCGCGGACGGAGCCGCCAUGGAGAUGCAGCCGCUCAACAGCAAUGAAGUCGACAUCGACGAGAAGAGGAAAUCCAACUUGAAGGAGAAGAAGGAGAAGUCCGUUCUCCAGGGGAAGCUAACCAAAUUAGCAGUGCAAAUUGGCAAAGCCGGCCUGGUGAUGUCUGCCAUCACGGUCAUCAUCCUGGUGGUGCUGUUCGUGGUGGACACCUUCUGGGUGCAGGGCCUGCCCUGGCACAAGGACUGCACGCCCAUCUACGUCCAGUUCUUCGUCAAGUUCUUCAUCAUCGGCGUCACCGUGCUGGUGGUGGCCGUCCCCGAGGGUCUUCCCCUGGCCGUCACCAUCUCCCUGGCCUACUCCGUCAAAAAAAUGAUGAAAGACAACAACCUGGUGCGUCACCUGGACGCCUGUGAGACCAUGGGCAACGCUACGGCCAUCUGCUCGGACAAGACGGGCACGCUGACCAUGAACCGCAUGACGGUGGUGCAGGCCUACGUGGCCGACAAGCACUACCGCAACGUGCCUGAGCCCCAGCUCGUCCCCGCCGCCAUCAUGGACAUCCUUGUCCUGGGCAUCAGCGUCAACAGCGCCUACACCACCAACAUUAUGUCUCCAGAGAAGGAAGGUGGUCUGCCGCGCCAGGUGGGCAACAAAACCGAAUGUGCCUUGCUGGGCUUCGCUAAUGACCUGAAGCGUGACUACCAGGCCAUCCGCAACGAGAUCCCUGAGGAGAAGCUCUACAAGGUCUACACCUUCAACUCCUGCAGGAAGUCCAUGAGCACCGUGCUGAAGAACGCCGACGGGAGCUUCCGCAUGUUCAGCAAGGGAGCCUCCGAGAUCCUCCUCAAGAAGUGUUCUAAGCUUCUGACGGCGAGUGGCGAGACCAAGGUGUUUCGUCCCCGGGACAGAGAGGACAUGGUGAAAAAGGUGAUUGAGCCCAUGGCCUCAGAGGGCCUGCGCACCAUCUGCCUGGCCUACCGCGACUUCCCUGUCUCGGAGGGCGAGCCUGACUGGGACCAGGAGAAUGACAUCCUCACCAGCCUGACCUGUGUAUGUGUGGUGGGCAUCGAGGACCCAGUCAGACCCGAGGUCCCGGACGCCAUCAAGAAAUGUCAGCGUGCCGGGAUCACGGUACGCAUGGUAACCGGGGACAACAUCAACACGGCCCGCGCCAUCGCCACCAAGUGCGGCAUCCUGCAGCCCGGAGACGAGUUCCUGUGCAUGGAAGGCAAGGAGUUCAACCGACGGAUCCGCAACGAGAAGGGAGAGAUUGAACAAGAGCGCAUUGAUAAGAUCUGGCCCAAACUCCGAGUACUUGCACGAUCCUCACCCACCGACAAGCACACAUUAGUCAAAGGUAUCAUCGACAGUACGGUCUUAGAACAGAGGCAGGUAGUAGCAGUCACAGGAGACGGCACCAACGACGGGCCCGCCUUGAAGAAAGCUGAUGUCGGCUUCGCCAUGGGUAUCGCCGGCACAGACGUGGCCAAGGAGGCCUCUGACAUCAUCCUGACGGACGACAAUUUCAGCAGCAUCGUCAAGGCGGUGAUGUGGGGCCGCAACGUCUACGACAGCAUCUCCAAGUUCCUCCAGUUCCAGCUCACCGUUAACGUAGUGGCCGUCAUCGUGGCCUUCACCGGCGCCUGCAUCACGCAGGACUCUCCUCUGAAAGCUGUCCAGAUGCUGUGGGUAAACCUGAUCAUGGACACCUUUGCCUCCCUGGCCCUGGCCACUGAGCCCCCCACUGAGUCUCUACUGCUGAGGAAGCCGUAUGGCCGCAACAAGCCCCUCAUCUCCCGCACCAUGAUGAAGAACAUCCUUGGCCACGGAGUCUACCAGCUCAUCAUCAUCUUCACCCUGCUCUUCGUAGGUGAGCAGAUCUUUGACAUCGACAGCGGGCGGUAUGCACCCCUCCACUCGCCUCCCUCAGAGCACUACACCAUUAUUUUCAACACCUUCGUCCUCCUGCAGCUCUUCAACGAGAUCAACGCCAGAAAGAUCCACGGCGAGCGCAACGUCUUCGACGGCAUCUUCAACAACCUCAUCUUCUGCUCCAUCGUCUUUGGCACCUUUAUCAUCCAGAUAGUCAUAGUGCAGUGGGGAGGCAAACCUUUCAGCUGCGUGGGCCUGAGCAUCGACCAGUGGCUAUGGUGUACCUUUCUGGGCUUUAGCAGUCUCCUCUGGGGUCAGCUGAUCUCAUCCAUCCCCACCAAAAGUCUGAGGUUCCUGAAGUCUGCCGGCCACGGCACCCAGAGGCAGGAGAUCCCUGACGAGGAGCUGGAGGACAUGGAGGAAAUGGAGGAGAUCGACCACGCCGAGCGCGAGCUGCGCCGUGGACAGAUCCUCUGGUUCAGGGGCCUCAACCGCAUCCAGACUCAGAUGGAUGUAGUGAGUGCCUUCCAGAGCGGAAGCUCCUUUCAGGAGCGCCAGCUAAGGCGGCAGCCCUCCACCUCCAGCCAACAACAGCACGAUAUUCGGGUGGUGAAUGCAUUCCGCAGCUCCCUGUCCCCCUAUGAGGGGCUGGAGAAGCCAGAGUCACGCAGCUCCAUCCACAACUUCAUGACCCACCCAGAGUUCAGGAUAGAGGACUCGGAGCCCUCCAUCCCCCUCAUCGACGACACCGACGCCGAGGACGAUGCCCCCACCAAGCGCAACUCCGCCUCCCCCCGCAACGCCACGCCUACCCCUCCUUCCCCGUCACUCUCGCCGACGCCCUCGCCCAACCAGAACAAUAAUGCAGUGGAGAGCGGCAACAACCACCUCUACGUGGAGGGCAACAAGGCAGCAGGGACCCCCUCGGCCCCAGGGAGCCCCUUACACAGCCUGGAGACCUCCCUCUAAUUCUGAGCCAGCCUCCCCCCCACCCUCAGCCACUACUACUACCACCACAGCCACUUUUCUACCCACGACGAGGAGCUCACCUCUGAGGAGGAGAGACGGCAGAGGAGAAGAGGAAAGAAGGGGUAGAAGGGAGAGCGGAUAGUCUGAGCUUGUGCUGGACUGAAACGAGCAAACAUUCUCGAAUGUAGGGUUUGGUUUAGAUUUUUUUAUUUAAUUAUAAUUUUAUUUUUGUUCUUAAAAAUACCCCUCUGUCAAUGCGAGGGCUUCUUUUGUCUCCACCCCUCCCUCAUUGAUAACUUUUAGGUUGUUCUUGGUGCAAGAGGGGUGAAUAUAGACUCAGAUUGAAAGUGACCUGUUUUUUUUAUUCAUAUUAUUUUAAUGAGGAGGGGGAGGUGGUCCUCCUGGCUUGAAGAUCAGCUGUAAGAAAUGAAAGACGACCUUUAGCUUCUCUUUAUCUGAAUGGUGUUGUAUAUUUAUGUCUUUGGCCCUUGCUCAUUCAGAAAUGUUUUUUCUGCUCCAUUGGCUGUUAAUAUUUCUAAUUAUUUAUGUUUUUGGAAAAAGCAGGUCUGUUUACAAAGUUUGUAGAUACUUUUUUUCUGUUUGUAGACGAAAGAGCUUCCUGACGUACGAUGCAGAAAAAUGAGGGACAGAGUAAAACAUUGAAUAAGAGGACUAUUUCAGAUACUGCUGUAUUUUCAGGAAAAAAAGGGUGUUUCUAUUGAAACUUAACUAUUUUUGCCUGCAAUUUUUAUUUGUUAUAUAUUUGUAGAUAAAUAGAAACCUUCUAGCCAAACAGAUAAACACUAAGGCUUGUAUAGCGAAGAGGUCCAUUGGGGGGUGGAGAGUUUCAACAGGAGAGGGAAGGAGUAAGAACCACCAGGGACUAUUCAUUCACAUUUCUAUAAAUAUUUACUACGUUCAUUGCUUUAGCAGUUUCAAUGUUCCGUUUUCUCGUUCACAGGGAAGCUCAAAAGUCCUGUUUGUCAUUUAAUUGUGGGUUAAGGGGAGGGGUAUUAAAAUCCUAGUCAUUUUUUUUCACAUUUAAGAGUUCAUAAAGGGAGUUUGGCAGUUGGUCAUCACAUUGAGAAUCAGUUCUGUUUUUUCUUGUCUUUUUUUUCACUCAGCGAAACUUCAGUCCCUGCCAAUGUACAAUAUUGACAUUUGUUUACUCAGGCAUAGAAAAGGGUUGAAUUGAAAACGGAGUCUAUAAAUUAAGAAAACAUUUUAACUUUACAUUUUUGGUCUUUGGGUAGUAAAAUGUUGUAUUGGUAAAAAUAAAAGCAAGUGGAUUAUUUUCAUAUUUCAUUCAAUUAUUUUCAUUUAUUUUUAUGAAAACUUAAAUUUCCCCCCAAUUUAUGGUUUGUGCACAUUUUAAACCCUUUUACAGUCAUAGAUGUUGCUGCAUAUGAUUUGUUUGUAGAAUAUUUUUGACACCUGAUAUACUGGAAAAAGUAAAGAAUUGACACGUACAUUUUUGUAAGAAUAAAAAGACUAGGCAUACACUGGUAACUGCACAGGGGUACUUUGUUUCAUAACACCUCCCUUGGGAACAUUUUUAUACAGACAACCAUACAAAUUGUACCUUUGUAUUUUUAUGGAAACGCAGACGAUAACUUUCAACCUACUGAACCAGAGUUUUGGGGUUUGACACAAAUUACACAUUGGAACAUUUGGGGUGGGGCACUCAAUAAAAAGGGUUGUGAUUGGUUCUGAUAAGAAUAUUUUUCUCAGGGUGGCAAAUGGUAUGAAAUAAGAGACUAGGCUUUAAUAUAGGCCUGUGGUCAAAAUACUACCACAUUUUUAAUGUUGUGAAGUAGCCUAUCAGCCAUGUUGGGUGGUUUUUGUUUCGGCAGCAGAGUGCAGAUUCUGACUUAAAUCCCUCACCUGUUUAGACCUCUCACCCAAAUUUAGCUGGGUGUAGGGGGCCAAGAGAGGGGAGGGGAGGGGAUGAGGGAGGGAUAUGUUCAGUAGUUGCUCAAUGACAAUUAUAUUUUGGGAAUGAGUUUCUUGUUUUUACAAAUAAAAAAAGCAGCUUGAAAUUGCAAAAUGUUGAAAUGGGAAGAAAAAAGAAUCCAUAUGUUUUUGUUCUGUAGAUUCUUCUUAUAACGGGAAUGAAUGUUUAUCCAUCUGUUUUAUGGAUUAUUAUUUUUUUAUCUUAACAUUUGGAAAUAAAAACUACUUCAUGUC